AUGGUUGCAGAUAAAUAUAUUGGGCUGGCCCUUGCCAUAUCGUCGUCCUUCGCGAUUGGUACUUCAUUCAUCAUCACAAAGCAAGGUCUAAAAGAUGCUUCAAAGCAAGGUUUUGACGGUGGUGGUCAUGAAUAUUUAAAGAACCCUAUAUGGUGGGCUGGAAUGUUAACCAUGGCCAUUGGUGAAAUUGCAAAUUUCGCUGCUUACACAUUUGCACCUGCUAUUCUGGUGACCCCUUUGGGUGCAUUAUCAGUUAUCAUUGGUGCUGUUUUAGCUGCUGUGUUUUUACGUGAAGAAUUAGGAACAUUAGGUAAAAUGGGAUGUGCCAUUUGUCUAUUGGGAAGUGUGAUUAUUGUUUUGCAUGCUCCUUCUGAUAAAGAUAUUCAAACAGUUGAUGAGAUUUUGGAUUAUGCCAUGACACCUUUAUUCAUGUCCUACGUUUUCAUUGUUUUGGUAUUUGCAUUAGUUAUGAUUUACAAAAUUGCACCAAUUUACGGUACCAAGAAUCCAAUCUAUUAUAUUUCAAUCUGUUCAACAGUUGGUUCCAUUUCGAUUGUUAGUAUUAAAGCGUUUGGUAUUGCAUUGAAAUUAACAUUAAGUGGUAACAAUCAAUUCACUCAUGUCUCAACAUACAUUUUCAUUGCUGUUGUUGUUGUUUGUAUUUUAACACAAAUGAACUAUUUCAACAAGGCAUUGGAUCAAUUCGAUACAUCUAUUGUUAAUCCAUUAUAUUAUGUCACAUUCACAACUGCAACAUUACUUGCAUCAUUCAUUUUAUUUAGAAAUUAUAAUGAUGCUGGACCAAAAGAUUCAAUAAGUUUGAUUUGUGGAUUUCUAAUCAUCUUUUCAGGUGUUUACUUGUUAAAUAUUUCUAGAAAGAAGAAGGAUCAUCAAGCUGUUCUAUUCAGUCAACAUGAUGAUUUAGGUGAUAUUCCAAUGGAAGGUAGUGUUGGUGCUUUCCAAGCCAGAAGAUCAUUAAAUAUACAUAGAACUGCUGGUUCUCACUCAAAUGAAAAUGAAGAAUCAGUUGGAUUGAGAAGAUUUGAUAGCUUAAGUUUAGAUGGUGAUAGUGAUCGUGAGGCUGAUAGAUUUCGUGUUUAA